AGUUUAAAGCCUCUCGCUAUUAAAAGGCAAAAUCACAGAAAACAUUUUUGCUUCUUUUUUAUUCUUAGAGAGAUAGAUAGGGAGAGAGAAACAGGGAGAGUGGGAGAGAGAAGCUCGAGAUCCUGUCAGAUCGCACCGAACUUUUCGAUGGGACAGGAACUUGCAGAUGAAGCAAUGGAUAGGAAGCCAAAUGGUGUUAUAAUGAAGUCAAAUGGUGUCUCUCAUGAUAACGUUCCUGCUCUUCCUAAAACUUCAGGACAUAAUGUUGAAGCAAAGGACUUCAAGGAGAAGGAAAGCACUGCAGCAGAUUCAAUUGUUGAGAACCAAAAUGAGAAUCAAGAUGUACUUGGUGUGAAAAGCACAAAUUUUGAUACUGACCAGGCUGAGGUUAAAAAUGAAAAGGCUGGAUUGCAGAAGUCAAACAAUGAUAAAAAUUCAAGUUUUCCUGCUUCAAAAUCUAGUGGAGCCAGAAAUGCACAGGGACAGCAUACUAUCCCUCAGCCAUUUGCUCCGGCAACUGAAAAACGUUCUGGUGUGAACACUUCAAAAAAUGUGAAUAAUUUAAGUUCCCCUAUUGCUGCAAAGAAUUCACAGCCUAAUUCCCCUUCUACAGCAAGGAAGCCAUUGCACCCUGAUAAUAAGAAGCUUCCUGAUGAAGAAGAUAAUUGGUCUGUUGCAUCCUCUGCUGCAUCAGCGAGAACUAUUAAAUGUGUAACCAUUGGAUCAGCUCCCACCUUUAGAUCUGCUGAACGUGCAGAGAGAAGAAAAGAGUUCUACUCAAAACUGGAGGAGAAACACCGAGCUUUGGAAGCAGAGAGAAACCAGGCUGAGGCAAGGGCCAAGGAAGAGCAACAAGCAGCCAUCAAACAGCUUAGAAAAAGCAUGGUGGUUAAAGCAAAACCCGUUCCUAGUUUCUACUAUGAGCCACCUCCACCUAAAGCUGAACUCAAGAAGCUGCCAUUGACUCGACCUGUGUCACCAAAACUAAAUCGGAGAAAGAGCUGCAGUGAUGCAAUCCAGUCAUCCAAAGAUGACGCGGGGAAACAUUGUGCCCGGCGCAGCAUGGGUAACCACAAAGAAGAUUUGAAUAUCAGCCCCACAGCCAAAACUAAGGUUCAGAACAAUGGUCAUAAUAUUAAGGGCAGUCGCAAGUCCAAGGACAGAUCUAAACAGGAAAAUGUUUCAGCAAAGGGAGUUCCUGACAAGAUCAUUGGCAUUGAGAAGACAAAUGAAGACAUCUCAGUUGAGUCAUAAACAGCUGGUUUUCACUAACUGUUAACUGAGGGAAAAUCUUGAGUUUCCUUAGUUAUGAUAUUGGAUGUUUUGAGAGGGAAUAGCCUGCUUCUUUUUCAGCUGUGAUGACUGUUUUAAGUAAUUUGUGUCGAUGUGAAUUGUAUAUGUUUUGUAAGUUACAUCAUUACAUAUCAUGUUAUAUAUAAAAAGAGUUAAAUGAGUCUUUUUUGGACAAAAUUUGUUAUUUUUCA